GCAACCACCGCAUACCAGUUCUGGAAAAAGAAAUAGCAGCACACCAUCCUUUCCUGCUGCCUCUUCCUCCCGUCAUUCUUAUACCCUCACCCAACGAAAAGCAAUGGAGAACAGCUUGUUGUUAGCAUCAUUGCAGUUGCAGAAGCAGAAGCAGAGGGAGGAGGAGGACGACGACAAAGGAAAGGAAAGGAAAGGAAGGCAAGGAGGAAUCAGCGGAGGUAGCAGAAUCAUGGAUUGCUGCAUCUGCAGCCCCAUGGCCACCAUGUACAGGCUACCGAGGAACGCUAUCUGUGGUCCUUGCCAUGAAGGUGCCAAGGCCAUCAUCGGCUUCCUGAACAGGGAUGAGGAGCGAGAAGAUGGUGGCCAUGGUUCUGUCAACUCCCACGGGCCAUCCAAGCUUAACAGCUCAAACAAGGGAAUGAGAGAUGCAUGGGAGCAGGUGAAGGAGAUGAGAGACAGGGCGGAGGAGACCAACCAGAGAGCCGCCUUCCUUGAGCACGGCUUGGCGCUGGCGUGGAAGGAGGGAAUCCACACCGACAUCGUCGUGAAACCUGGCACUGGGCCCCCAAUCCCAGCCCACAAGGCCAUCCUGGCCGCCAGGUCGGAGGUGUUCCGGCACAUGCUGUCCGGCGACGAGCACUGCAAGGCCCCCGCCGGCGACUCCUUCUCCCUCCCUGAGCUCUCCCACGGCGAGCUCUCCCUCCUCCUCGCCUUCCUAUACACCGGCGCCCUCGACCAGGACCUGCCGGAGCGCCAGCUGCACGCGCUUCUCGUCGCCGCCGACAAGUACGACGUCGCGUUCCUGCGGCGGGCCUGCGAGGCGAGGCUGGCGGCGCGCGUGGAGCCCCGGAACGCGCUGCGGACGCUGGAGGUGGCCGAUCUGAGCUCAAGCGCGGUGCUGAGGGAGCGCGCCAUGGAAACCGUGGUGGAGCACGCGGAGCAGGUGGUGUUCUCGCCGGAGUACGACGAGUUCGCCGUCAGGAACGCCGGGCUGUGCGUGGAGAUCACCCGGGCGCUGCUGGCCGCCAAGAUGACGACGACGACAACUAAAUCGGAUCCCCAUGAAGCAUAGAUCGAGGAUGUGUAGAAGAGCUCUUGCUUAAUUAGUUUUGACUUUUGAUCGAGUGAUACGUGUACAUGGAUAUAUAUGUCUGAAACUCUGAAGCAUCCAUGCAUUAUAUUGCAAAUUUGCAACUGCAACACACAGGAAAGUGUUAA